UUAACAUAAGGAUAAUGAGGAUCGAUCCCUCAACCUCGUAUAGUUAACAACAAUACAUUUUCUUCAUCUAGUUCUUUUUUUGUUGCGCUAAUAUCUUAUGAAUAACACAUUAUUGAAAAUAAAAAACAUAAGGAUAAUGAGGAUCGAUCACUCGACCUCGUAUAGUUAACAACAAUAACCAUUUCACCGUCUUAGUCAAUUAACAAGUAUGUAAUAAAACCACAAGGUUCUAUUAAAAUAAAAUAUACUUAAAAAAAUACCAAAAAUAAAAACCAAACAUAAUAAAAAUAAAAUACUCAAUUUUAGUUUAACUCUGACAACAAUAAUUUUACAAAGAAUUUAAAAUUAUUAUCGAUUAGAACAGUAGCAACCUGGAGCAAGCGCGGGCUAUUCAUCAUAUAACUUGAUGAAUAAAUUAGACAUUAGUGCAACAAAUUUUUGCCACGUGUGGGUGGCCCUAUAUAAGGACUUGAUCUUGCUGACUUGUGAUCUCCACACCAAAUACUAAACCCUAACAAAACUCAAAAAAAAUAUCACUCCAUGGCAAGCCACCUAAACCUUCAAAACUCCAACACCGGUGAUGGAGACGAUCACCGCGAAGGUGGUCGUCGCCGACCUGGUAUCCCUCAGCCCACACCUCAGCCCAAACCCAAAAAAGAACUUUCAAAAAUAAAACGUCAACGUGCCUUGCAAGCCAAGAUUCUUGAGAGCAUUCCAUUUCAUAUGGAGCAACCACCAUCUAUUGAAUCACUGGGUGCUAGAACUAGUGGAGCCACUGCUGGGGUGCCCACGGUGUUGGAUAUGCUACCUCAAGCCCCUCAACCUAAGAAAAAUCGUCUUGAACAUCAAGCUGUCAUACCUUCUUUUUUGAUAAGAGAAAAUAAGGUUGAACCUAAGAUUGAACCAACUGUUGGGGUUCGAAACCACCCACAACCUGUAACUAGUGUGGGAGAUAACAUCGCUCCACCCCCUCCUCCACCUAUUCCAGAAUUGAAGGAUAAACAACUGCCAGAUAUAGACCUCAACGAGACCAUACCAACUGAAAAUGGUCAAGCGGUGGUCCUGUCAAUCAUUGUGAGGAGCUACACACUUGGUGAUGUGGGUGUGAUGUACAACAUUCAAACUGAUGAGACCUUCGAAGCUAUCUACAAGGAUUACGCAUCUCGCAUUGAUGUCAAACCUGAGAAAAUCAAGCUCUAUAAUGGCGGUACCCACAUUCCAUCCUCUACCUAUCCCGAGCCAUUCGGUGUUGAUACUGGAAGUGUGCUUUAUGUGCAAGGAAUGACUGGGGUGGUGAACACCAAUACUAGGACCAAGAGAUUCUAUCUAAAGAACACCGGAAAGCGCAACAAGAAGAAGUUGAGGGUGCAAGGAAAGUUGGACUCCCCUCUGUAUCGUCUUUUUCACAUUUGGGGUGACAAGUUCGAAGUUGAUCCGACGGAUCUGGUGUUCUAUCAUGAGGACAAGCUGGUGUGCACACUUGAGACCAUACGUGAAGUUGGAAUUAAGAAUGGAGACAAGGUGUAUGUAGCUCCGCACAAGCUCGAGUGAUUUUCGGGUCGGUAGGAGAUGUGCUUUUGGAUGGAAAAUAUGUGCACUAACACCAUAUGACUAUCGUUAAUGAUUUCCAUAUAAUUGCCACCACCUCUUUUGUUUAUAAUAUAUUAGUGGUUGGACUCUUGGAGGGUUAUGUUGUUGCGGUUUGCAGUCAGUAUUAGUAGUUAUAGUUGCCUUAUGGGCUUGUUUGCUAAACUUAUCUGUGUGAAGCUAUCAUUUGAUAUGUUGUUAAGAACUUAUGGUCAUGGGGAUUGGUAAGCUUGU